GUGAGUUCCCGAAGCUGAACAGGUUCGCACACUUGAUUGCUUGCCGCGGACGGGCAGUUAAACAAACGUAGUUAGUUAUAUUCGUUGUAUAUAUAUAUAUAUAUUUUUUUUCGCUAUCGUUAUGGGCGUGAGUACACUGCUGCUGGCGGCGCUGGUGGCGCUGGUUGGAUAUCUGCUACUGCUAUGGCAUCGCACCAGGCACUACUGGCAGAAUCUGGGCAUUCCGUGCGAGGAACCGCAUUUGCUGUUGGGUAGCCUGGGCGGAUUGCGCACCAAGCGAUCGUUCAACGAUGUCUGGGUGCAAUACUACAAAAAGUUCCGGCUGAGCGGACCCUUUGCCGGAUUCUAUUGGUUCCAGCGGCCUGCUGUUUUUGUGCUGGAGCCCUCACUGGCCAAGCUCAUAUUGAUCAAGGAAUUCAACAAGUUCACGGAUCGCGGCUUCUUUCACAAUCCCGAGGAUGAUCCAUUGUCGGGGCAGCUGUUUCUGCUGGAUGGCCACAAGUGGCGGUCGAUGAGGAACAAGCUGUCGUCCACCUUCACCUCCGGCAAAAUGCGGUACAUGUUUCCCACUGUCAUCCGGGUGAGUCAUGAGUUCUCGGACGUGUUUGGUCAGAUGGUGGACAAGUCACCCAUCGUUGAGGUCAGGGAACUGCUGGCCAGAUUCACCACAGACGUGAUAGGCACAUGUGCCUUUGGCAUCGAUUGCAGCAGUCUCAAGGAUCCGGAAGCCGAGUUCCGUGUGAUGGGCCGUCGAGCUUUGACCGAGCAGCGUCAUGGUGCCUUUGGCGUUGGCUUCCUGAAUAGCUUUCCCGAACUGUCCCGCAAGCUACACCUGAAGAUGACAGCAGAACCCAUUGAGAAGUUUUUCAUGCGCAUCGUCAGGGAGACGGUGAAGUUCAGGGAACAGAACCAGAUACGACGCAACGACUUUAUGGAUCAGUUGAUCGAUCUGAAAAAUAAUCAAUUAAUUAAGUCCGAGUCGGGUGACAACAUUAACCUCACGAUUGAGGAGAUUGCCGCCCAGGCGUUUGUGUUCUUUGCCGCUGGAUUUGAGACCUCGUCGACCACAAUGGGCUUUGCUCUGUACGAAUUGGCACAGCACCCGGAAAUCCAGCAGCGCGUGAGAGAGGAGUGCCAGGCGGUUGUACAGAAGUAUAACGGCGAGUUGACCUACGAGAGCAUGAAGGAUCUGGUCUACCUCGAUCAGGUGAUAUCUGAAACCCUUCGCUUGUACACGGUGCUGCCCGUCUUGAAUCGCGAAUGCUUGGAGGACUAUGUGGUGCCGGACAAUCCAAAGUACGUGAUCAAGAAGGGUAUGCCCAUUCUGAUACCAGCCGGCCCCAUGCAUCGCGAUGAGAGGUUCUAUCCCAAUCCUGAUGCCUUCAACCCGGAUAACUUUUCGGCGGAGCGCGUUAAGAAUCGCGACUCUGUGGAGUGGCUGCCCUUUGGAGAUGGUCCCCGCAACUGUAUCGGAAUGCGUUUUGGCCAGAUGCAGGCCCGCAUUGGCAUGGCCAUGCUGCUCAAGGAUUUCAAAUUCGCCGUGUGCGACGAAACGACUAUUCCCAUGACCUACAAUUUGGAAAGCUUCUUGAUAGCCAGUAAAUCUGGCAUCUCACUGCGAGUGGAACGUGUUUAACAAGUACACACAUAUAUGUAAACUCUCGUACUCACAUUGAACAACGUGUACCUCAACUUGUAUCUAUCCUAAUAUGUUGUUAAUCUAUAUAAAAUUGCUUGAUAUUACAUCAUGCUUGAUCGAGCGUAA